AUGAUUAUACUUAUUCAAUGCCUAUAUCAUUUGGACACAAUCCACACACCACAAACAAUGGCUAAAUUUGUUGUCUUAUUAAACCUCACCAUUUUGGUACAUUUUCUAAACUAAGUUUCUGCUCAAAAGUCACAAUACCUAAAAACAAAUGACAAUAGCUUAUUGAUAAGGCUUUUAUUGUACUUAAUUCAUUUAGAUUAGUCCCAUCUGAGAUGGCUUACCCUGUACAUAUACCAAUAUUCACACUUUCUAUGACGAGAAAAAAACCGAUAAACCAGAAAUAAUGAUGUAUUGCAAUUAUUAUAUUAAAUUAAAAAAUAUAUUCAUGAUCAUGCGUGAAAAGAAAAAUGAAUUUUGCAAACUGCACUCACUACUUAGGUAGGGUGCACAUGCACAUAAAAAGAUAAAAAUGUAAUAGGUACAAAUAAAAUGUUGCAAAAGCUUUAAAAAUGAUGCAAAGAAGUUCCAUAAAAGUUCAAAAUCGUACUCACUUUUUGAUACAAUCUCUGGAAAAAUCUAUUUAAAAAACCCAUGAUUACAAAAAAGUUAAAAAUAAAAGCCCACCUGUAAACCAACAUAACCUUAAAUUAUACUAGCUCAAUUAAAAACAUUCAACAUUUGUGUAAUAUAAACAAACUUUAAAAAAUGUUACCCGGUCGAUUAGGUUUAGGUCCAGGUAUUCCGGACAAUCCCUUGUCGUUAUCAUGGCACGACUCUGCGUGGAUACCAAUUUUAAACACUACCAAUGUAAUGGACUACUUCUCGGAGAGAUCUAAUCCCUUCUUCGAUCGAACCUGUAAUAAUGAAAUAGUUAAAAUGCAACGGUUAAAUCCCGAACAAUUACAGAAUAUGACUGGAUUAGAAUAUGUUUUAUUGCACGUACAAGAACCAAUAUUAUAUGUGAUACGAAAACAGCAUCGACAUACACCUUCACAAGUGACACCUCUAGCAGACUAUUACAUAAUCGCAGGAGUCGUGUAUCAGGCUCCUGAUUUGGCUAGUGUAUUAAAUUCACGACUGCUAUCUGCCGUCCAUCACAUACAAUCUUCAUUCGAAGAAUGCGCCGGAUUCUCUCGAUACCAUCCCAGUAAAGGCUACUUUUGGGAUUUUAAAUCACAAAAAAAUGCACCCGAUAAGGCUAAGACAAAGGAAGAGAAACCGAAAGAGGAGUCAAGCUCCCUAUUUCAAAGACAGCGUGUUGAUAUGCUCCUAGGUGAACUGAUAAAGCAAUUUCCAUUACCUCAACCGCCACAACCUAAGGUAACGGUUGCACCUAUUAAGACCGAGCCAGAGAAUGGUACUCCUGAACAUAAAGAAGUGCCCAAAGUUGAAGUAAAACAGGAGAAAAUUAAACCUCCACCAGAAAAGAAACCUAAAGUGUAAUUAGCUAAUUUUUUUGUACUAAUUUUUGUAAGGCAGUGUAUAUUAAGUUUUAAAAUCAAUCAUA